AGGGGAUUCUGCACUCUAAGAGGCUUUUUUAUAUUUAUAUCAGUCCUUCUCAGGCGAACCCGGGCUUUCAUCUAUCAUCCAUCUACCAUUUGCUCUCACUUUCAUCAUAUGUUUUAAGUUUAAAGGGAUUGUGAGGUCAACAUUGCCAAUAUGGUAACAAUUUGCGUUGCGGCACAAAUCUUUAUCUGCCUUAACAUCGUAAAACUUUACUUGGUGAACUCAUCUGAGCUGAACGGAGAUACACCCGCCACAGAACCGUCAUUUCACAACCGUGAUUUGGACAUGAUGACCAUUAAUAUGUACAGAGUUUAUGAUAAAUACAGCAAGAAGCAUCAGCAGCAUCAUCAACAUCAUCAUGGUCAUCAACAGAACGUAAAUACUGUCAGAAGCUUCAAACCCGUCCCAGAGCUCUCCUACCAUAGGGAUUUGUUCCACUUCAACCUGAACUCUAUCCCUAAUUCGGAAGUGAUAUUGACUUCAACGCUACACUUUGUUGACCAGCAAUCCCGUCAACGGCCAUGGCACUGUAGACGUUCCCGUGGUGCCUCAUGUCACCUUCAGCACAUGCAGCCACUUACCAUGGGGCAUCUCAUCAUUAAGGGCACAUCACCAAAUGCUGCCAUCCCUUCUCUGCUGUGCAACAUCACAUUGUCCUCUAACAGAAAGGGGCAAUGGCAGAUUACUGAUGUAUCAUCAGCCAUCAAACAAGCCAAAGCUCAGGGUGAGCUCUUGAUUACUGUUGAGUUUGACUUUGGGGACAGGUACCAGAGACGCCAGAAUCACUUGUCUCCUCAAAGAUUGCCAUUUAUUCUUGUAUACACCAACGACACUGCCAUAACAGAACCAAACAGUGUUGCAAUCAGCCUACAAAGAUACAGUCCAUCUCCAGUGUUUGAGGAGAAAGGAACCAAGCCUCCCUCAGCUUCUUUAAGUUCUAGAAUCAGAAGGGAAGUUGAUCACUUGCAGAAUAACUAUCUACCUAAUGUCCACUACAACGAUCUUAAGAACAGGGAGUUAUGGGACAGUACCUUUUUUGCGAAAAAGCCCAAAGUCUUGCCAAAAGGCCAGGACAAUCAUGACAGGUUGAGAGGAUCCCAGGAGCUCAGCUUUGAUGAGAAGACCAUGAAAAAAGCUAGACGCAAGCAGUGGAGUGAGCCGCGGAUGUGUACGCGCCGUUACCUGAGGGUGGACUUUGCUGACAUCGGCUGGAGUGAAUGGAUAUUAGCUCCAAAAGCAUUUGAUGCUUACUACUGUGCAGGAACCUGUGGAUUCCCAAUUAAGGCUGUUCAUCCUUCAAAUCAUGCAACCAUCCAGAGUAUAGUGAGAGCUGUGGGAAUAGUCCCUGGAGUUCCAGAACCAUGCUGCGUACCUGACAAGAUGAGGCCUCUGGCUGUGCUGUUCCUUGACAUAAGCAGGAACAUUGUACUGAAGGUCUUCCCCAGCAUGUCUGUGGAGACCUGUGGCUGUCAAUAAGCUAUUAUGGUAGCUAAUGGACAUAUAUAAAUAGACAUCAGACUAAAAACAAAAACACAAUGAACUCAGACCAAGGAAAUGGGGAACUGCAAAUAUGACCUCAACACCCCAAAACAGUUUUGAUUUGGAUCUUUUCACACAAACACUCUAUCCUUUUCCCACUCUUUCUAUUUUAAUGAAUUGUAUAUAAUCCUUACAGUAACAUUUAGUCAGCCAAACAGUUUUCUUUUUGAAUAAAUACAUGGCAAAUUGAAAAGAGCUUAAUGAUUUAAAUAGAUUUUUGUAAAUAAAUCCUUGUUAUGUGUCUGCAUUGAGGGUAAUUUGCUUGGUCUGUAGACAUGUAAGCUAAAGUUUAACUUGCUAUAGAAUUUACGAGUGCAAUGGUGCACUGCAGAAUCUUGCAUGUAAAAUUAAACCUCAGACCAUUUUUGUUCAUUUUUGAGACAGACAAUGUGGAACUUUCAGCAGACUGCUGCCAUCUAGUGCCUGGUGACGUUUAAGGCCCUAGUAUUCGAACAUUAACGACAACUUUCAUGCUUUUUUACCUUGUGAGGCUAGACCAAAUUAGUUAUUGAUAAGUCAUAGCUAUAGAACAAGUUAUAAAGUCAUGCAAUUUAAUUAUGGAUUCAUUAUUGUCAUAGAGUUAACAGUAAAGUAUAUGUCUCAGAGGUUUUGUCAAAAAUGUGUGAAACUUUAUAAAAGGAGAGUUUUGUUUUUUGUAAUUUAGUAAAAAAAAGUCAUUUAUAAUUAUUUUUCAAACUGUAUUACUUGUGUUUUUAUGCAAAAGAUUUCUUCAACCACUGUGGUCUGAUAUAAACAAAUUUUCUGCGAAAUCCUGAAGGAUUUUUUUCGUGUAUAAAGACCUAUUAUGAAUAUUAGAAACUAAGAAUGUUUGCGAUGAAAGGGCAAAGGCCUCUAACCCA